CAGACAUCUCAUGUCCACAGUCAUUCAUCAAAUACAUGGAGUGACGAGUGCCGCCACUAUAAUGAGGUACCUUAGGUACUCCGUAAGUCAUAUGCGUUUGCCUUAUUUUGCUUGCGGAAAGUUCAGCUUGGAUGUAGCACAUUAAUCGUAGAGAUGCCACCAUUUCGCUGGCCGAUCUCGUCAGCCCUGUCGGCUGUAAGUUGCUUUGGGCCGUGUCCCCUGUCGGUCACCGACUCCCUUCCAUAACUGGACAACACCAGACCCAACCGCUUUGGUGAAGUUAUAUCCUCACGCGCUGCUUGUCACACGAUCACACGAGUCGGGAUCAAGGCCGGGACUAAUCUGGAAUAUUUCCUUUGUUUGCUUUUAUGCCGAUUCGGAGCCUACCUGCUUAAACACCCGACUUGCACCGUCAAGACUUCAGCCCACUUCUACUCGGGCACCGUCUGCCACGAUGUGUCGGUUUCUGGUCUACAAAGGCAGCGACGAAAUCUUACUCUCGAAGCUUGUCCUCGACCCGGCGCAUUCCAUCCUCAAGCAGUCGUUCGACUCACGACUGCGACUCGACACCCGUCGAGGGCAGAACAAUGCCGAUGGCUUUGGAAUUGGCUUUUACACCGACGCGAAACUCGGAGCCGCGCCGUGCCUCUUCACUUCGACCACGCCGGCUUGGAAUUGUGUGAAUUUACAACGACUGGCCUCCAAGACGGCGUCUCGACUGAUCUUCGCCCAUGUCCGCGCCACCACCGAAGGCUCACUCAGCGAGGAUAACUGCCACCCUUUCUGCCACGGCAGUCUGAUGUGGAUGCACAAUGGCGGUCUGGGUGGGUGGAAGCAGAUCAAGAGGAGGCUUGGUGAACGGCUAGCCGACAAGUGGUAUUUGGGGGUGGUAGGCGGGACCGAUAGCGAGUGGGCGUUCGCGCUCUUUCUGGACACACUCGAGCGGAUGGGACACGACCCGAGCUCCCAGCCAGAAAAGGGAUUUGGCCCAACGGUGCUCAGGAAGGCGAUGCUCAAGACGAUUGCGCAAAUCAAUGAGCUGAUCGACAACAUUCCCGAGAGCGUCGUUCACGCAGAAAAUGUUGAUACCCGGAGUCUCCUGAACUUCGCCGUGACGGACGGCCACAGCAUCAUCUGCACCAGAUACGUUGGCAGCUCCUCGGACGAGGCUGCCAGCCUCUACUACUCCUCCGGUACCCUGUGGGAAACGAGGGCGCCGGCGCCUGAUAACCAAGACUACCACAUGGAGCGAAGCGACAAGGGGGCAGACGUGAUCCUGGUGGCCAGUGAGCCCCUGACGUUCGAAAGAGAAAAUUGGGUCAACGUCCCGACCAACUCCAUCCUCACAAUACACAACCAAACCGUCAUGGUCCACCCCAUCAUGGACCGGUACUACGACCGCAACCCGCAACAUCGCCGCUCGACCGCCUUUGUACGCACCAAGGGCCUGUCCGCCAAUGAGAAGGGUACCCCCCGGUCGGGCACGCCCUUCGGCCUCCCUCCAUCCGUCCCGCCCAUCCCGUCUCUUUCGCACUUCGCCGACCACCCAGAUCCACACAGACAACGCCCGCGUGGCCCGACGAUCCCAAUCGUUCCCACCAGCGCCUCACGCUCCCGCUCCCCUCUUGCCCGUGCCGAGAAUAUCGCCCCAGGUCAACUAGCCCAGCAGGCAUCGCUCACAGACAUCCGGGCACUCACCGCGCCGCCUGUCAUCCGCUCCGCGCCACAGACGCCGCCGGUGCAAGGCAACAUCAAGAAGAAGCGGGCGUCGCUGAGCGCGAUCGAUGCGGCGCACGGCGGAGCGGCCGGGGGCGGGCUGGCACAGUACUUUGACAACAGCCCGAUCACGCCGGAGCCGGUGCGGACUGAGUUCGGGAAUCCGAACAAGAUCGCGCAGUUGUUCCCCGAGCUGGCUUUACAGUGA